GCCGACUUGCAAUGCGGACGGUCUUGUCGCCCGAGCUCAUCGAGCUCGUCGCUCUCUUCCUCUCGGACGACCUGCCGGCCUUUGUUGCUGCACUUGCUCCGUGGGGCCGCACGCCGGCGCUGAAGGCAUUCGUGCGCCUGCAGCAUUGCGCAGACGUGGCCGUGGCCUGGCCGCUUGUCACAAUCCAUCACUCGCUCGCGCCAGCAACACGCAACGCGCUGCGUGGGGCCCUGACCUUGCGCCCGGCGAUCGAGGUCGUCAUGCCUCGUGACAUCAAUAUGGCGCUUCUUGUCGCCCCGUAUGGUGAUUGCAUCACACGGGUUCGAUUCCCGGGCCUGCACCCAAUGACCGCUGUCGACGGCUACGCCAUGCGCGACGCACUGCUGGCGCUUCCACGACUGCGCUCUCUGGAGCUAUCGCCACAGAUAUUCGCACCGUCGGACGCGUAUUUGAAUGCGCUUCUCGAGACGCUGGAGCACAAGCAUCUCACGGCGUUGCACCUUCACGCUGAAAUGCCGCGCGGCGAAGUCUUUCUCGACAGGCAAUUCGCCAUCAACCUCGUGCGUUGGCUGCAGCGCCCAAGCCACCGUUGCCUCUCGCUGCGCUCGGUACGCGUCCGACUUGACGACGACCCUGUGCUGUUGCAUGCCCUCCGAGAUGCGAUUCAGUUGCAUCCGCAACUCUCGGCGCAGCUGGUGCACGUCGACAUCUUUGACGAGUAUGUGCUGCAUGGCGAGCGGCUGCCCCAAGUCUUUCGGCCACAGCGCUGGGCGAGUUCACUCGUCGCGUCGUUGGAGCCGCGCCCGGUCGACCGAAUGGCGCGCGCGAUCGCCACACCAAAGGGUGACGCGCCGGCGUGCAGCUACAUCGUCGAAGCCGUCGACGCACCUUCCCUCCCCACGUUCCUUGUGACGAGCCACGGCACGCUCCAGGAAAUGUCCAAGCUCCUCACGCAGACGCUGCCGACGCUGCCGUGGCUCCGUCUCGUACAUCUGCACAAAACGACUGGCGACGACCUUGCUCGCUUGGUCGAAGUCUUGCCGCGGUGCCAGCGACUGAGCCAUCUCGUGCUCUCUGGACCCAAUCUUACACCGCCAGUGGUCGCGACGCUCCUGCGAAGGCUGCCACAAUGUCCGUCCAUCCGAUGGCUCGGCCUUCAGAACCACACCUGCACCCGUAGCGAGCUGAUGGCAAUGGACGGCUGGCAGCAUUGUGUGCGCCGCCUCGAGUACAUGGAGCUGUCAUGUAGCCGAUGGAGCCUCCAAGACAAGGCGGCAGUGCUGAGCGAUGCGCAGCGCCACAUGAAGGCGGCCACCAUCGUGAUCCACGCGUCGCCGCGCACGAGUCGCUGGGGACUUCGUCGACUCUUUUCGAACUAGCUGUCGUGGGCUAUUGCUGUUGCAUGAGGUAGAGAUGUUGGUUUCGCUACAGGAGCGAUGGGACGAAGGAAUAAUGCUCCUCGCAUCGUAAGAAUCAAAAAUGAAUUUAUGGGUCGUAGGGAA